UCAAUUUAGAUUUUAGUACUUGACUGUACAUGUACUUGACCUUCGAGUUUUAUGAUACACAAUAUAAUUAUUAAUAAAGUGACAAUUCUAUGAAAUGUGUAACCAAGAUAAAAUUUAAGUGUAUUGUUUAAACAAAUAAUCUAAACAAUGGCUCAAACUAAUCAAGUAAACCUGGAUAUGGGUGAUGAGGAUGUUGAGGAGAAUCAGCCUCGAAUUAGCAGAAUGGACUCCGUUUCUAGGCCUGUGGCACCAAACAGGAGUAAUGUUGGUCUUGGAGACAGACUGAAUAGUAUGUUCAGAGAAAUACGGCCGCUGGUCGAACAUGCGCGGAUGGGAAACAAUGCUAGACUAUCAUUACCAACCUGGUUACCUCGGAAUCCACCAAAUACACAUCAACUGGGUGAAAGUCCCCAAAGGCCCCAAAGCUCUAUAGCUCAUGUAAAUCUUGGACCUUCUGCUCAAGCAUAUGUGGUUACUGACAGAGUAACACCAGCUUCAAGUGCAAGGGCACAAACAAGUCAUGGGUUAAAUACAAGUGUCUCUAAUGAUUCCAACAUAUCUGAACAAGCAGAGGAUAUCAAUAGUUCAGUGAAUCCAGCCAAUAACAAUAAUAUAAAUGAUAAUGCUGAUGAUAGUCAAAGUGAUGAUGGUACACAGCAGGUUGUGGAUGUACGUGGAACACUAAAUCUUUUAAUAAGAUAUGCUCCAUUUUACUUUAUUCUCUUCAUAAAGUAUUUAUAUGACAGUAGAGAAGCUAUUUUCACAUUUAUACUAUUAUUUUUCAUGUUCUGUCAUAGUGAUAGCCUUGUUAGAAGAGAACAUGGUAAACAAAUGAAUCGCAGCUUCUUAGCUCUGCUGAGUGAAUUACUUUUCUCAUCAAGCUGUAUAGUAAUAGUCCACUUUCUCUUUGGUCAUGGAAGACUCUUACCAAAUGUUAUUAUGUUCCCUGGAUACAUAGAACCAAUAGAUGUAUGGGAACUUAUGUGGUUGGUUGUACUCACCGACCUAAUUGUUAAGAUUAUAACUGUCAAUACAAAAAUUUUUGUGACAAUGAUGCCAUCUUUUAUAUUGCCUUAUCAGAAACGGGGUAAAGUAUACCUUUUCACUGAAGCAGUAUCUCAGUUACACCGUGCCUUGAUUACUAUUCAGCCGUGGAUAUUCUUCCUAAUGCAGUCGUAUGAAGGCUCAGAGAAGAUGGUGGGAAUGUUUCUUACAUCUGCAUAUGUAUUUGCAAAAGUUGUGGAGAUAAUUGUAAGGUUGAGGCUGUUUAAGAAUGCCACAUGGACAUUGCUGCAAAGCGUGAACCUGGGAACAAAACCAACAGUGGAGCAGUUAAUUUCAGCAGGAGACUCAUGUCCGAUAUGUCAUGAUGACUAUACCACCCCUGUGCGAUUAGGCUGCAGUCACAUAUUCUGUGAGCUUUGUAUAGCUGCCUGGUUAGAUAGGGAACAUACUUGUCCACUCUGCAGGGCCAAGGUGGCCGAUGAACCUACUUGGAGAGAUGGCUCCACCACAUAUGAGCUUCAAUUAUAUUAGAAAAUUCUUCGGUAACAGUAUAGCAUUAUAAUAUCAAUUAUUACUUUCAACUGGUAUAUAUAGUACAUAGAAUACUCCUAAAAGUUUAUAUUUUUUUAUUGGUGAAUAAAAAUGGAGUUGCGUUUUGUUGUUUGACCUGGGUCUUUGUACAAAAAACAAAAUAAAGUUUGCCACUUUAUUUUGUUUUUUCUACUAAGUACUAUAAUUUUUUAAGAAAUAUGUAUUUUAGACUUCAAUGCAUACUAGAAACCUAUCAAUUUAAAUAAUUAGAAGGGCAACAAGAGGUUUUUAUAACUAUGGUACUCUUCUUUCACAUGUUUUUUUUCAUCAUUUUACAUCUCUAGUGAACUUUGAGAUCCAAAAGAAUAAAAUAGUAUUAUACAAAUAAAUAUUCAAUAAUUAAAUCGCUUAAUGUUACUACAGCUACUCUUAAAUUAAGGUUUGCUUGAUAAAGUCCUUAUACGUAAAUUUUCAUCAUCAUUAUUUAGCACACUAUCAAGUUGGUGAUUAUAUUUAUAUAGAACCCGGGCAUCAUAAUAUCAGAUGUCCAAUUCAAUGUGCAUAUUAUUAUAACUAAUUAUAUUUAAUAUUAUUACCAAGUUUAGUGGUUAUAAACGCAUGGCGUAUAAAAAAGCGAUUGAUUCCCUAUGAAAUUAAUGCUUUCAUAAUGGACAUAGUUUUAACAUAAUUUAAUUUUUUUUAUAUUAUAGAAAAUUGUCUAGGUUUAGGUUUUAACUUGCUUUGAAUGCAUUAGCAAUUCGUAAAUGCCAAAGUUUUGCCAUAUAAAUAAGGCAAAACUUUCAAUUCCCUAGUCAUAAUUUUUAUAUAUUAAAGGGACAAAAAUCCUUAAACUUGUUUCACCAGUUUCCAUUUGAUCUGAGGUCCAUAUUCAAAAUUUUACGUGGCCAUUUCUUAAUCACGAUUUUUAGCAACGUUAUUCGUUCUUAUAAAAAGAAAAUUAAAACUAAUCGUAUUAAGAGUAUAAGACACGAAAAAAAAAUUUUUUUUUUUCAAUUUUAAUAUUUGUGAUAGUUUUUUGUUUGAUGAUAUUUCUGGAAACUUAAACCGAAUGAAAUGGUAAAUUAACUUAACAUUUUAGUGAUGUACCUUAUUCUAUUUUUAUAUUAAUAAUAUUUUUUAUUAUACAAAUUUUAUUUGAUUCUACAUUUUAAAAAAGAUAAUAUGUAAGUAGAUGUAGUAAAUGCGUGUCUACAAACUUAUGUCUAUUUAAAUCAGUUCUAUUCCGAACAGAACAGUCCAAGGUGCAUCUAAAUCGGUGCUGAACCUUUUUAGAUAUUAUAUUAAGCAUUUAUGUUACUGUUUUAUUCUAUUACUUUUCGGAUUUAAUUUUAUGAAUUUAUCUCUUCAAUUGUACUGAUUAAUCCAUUGUGGAUUAGUAGCACCGCGUGCAUUUUUCUGAUAUUAUGUAGUCGUUUGCAAGCUAAUUUAUUGUGUAGUAUAGAAUGUAUAUAUGUAAAUAUUUUGUUAAAUUAACAUGAAAAUAAUCUUUUUGCCCAACUGUGCAUAUAAAUCAAAAUCUAUUGGGUUUAAUGUGUAAAUGUUAUUGGUUGUAAUAGCUCUAAUAUGAGUUUGGCAAACACUGCGUUAAUGUUUGUAUGAAAUAAUUGUAAUUUUUUGUGGUAACACCACCAGAAGCGCUGAUAAAAAUUGUUUUGGAUAACCGAAAGAAUUAGAAUUAUAAGUACUAAAUAUUUCUGAUUUCGUUAUGUAUGAUUUCAUUUUCGGCCUCACUAUAGUUAAGUAAAUUUUAAAUAAUAGUUAUAAUUAUAUAAAAGACAAUCCCUAAAUAUAACUACUGUCGCUACUAUUGCUUUGCAAUGAUAAAGAUUUUCUCCUAGUAAACAAUAAUAUGUACUAUAUAAAAUAGAAAAACACUUAAUAAAGUAUGAAGCAUUAAUUCACCUGUUAAUUAAGAUGCCAAAUAUAUAAAAUAUUAUAUUUAAGAAUACAAGAUGUUAUAAUUCCACUAAAUAUAUGUAUUAUACGUUAUAUUUUUA